AAAAUGAAGUUAACUAGUAACAAUUAAAAAAAAAAAAACUAAUCUAAGAAAAUAUUUUGUUGGGAAAGAGUAGACUGCAUAUUAUUGUCAGUUAGAGAGAUGUCCAAUAGAAGAAUUCCACGUGUCCCCUCCCGCGAAAUCCACAAUAUGAAAGCAGUUAGCUGAAACAUGAGAGAGCUAUGGCGUCUCUGAAACUAGUCCUUCCACUCCUCUUCCUCUUCGCCCUCUCUACCGCCGCCCAACCAUCUCCGGCUCCGCUUCCUCCGCCGCCGCCUCCUUCUUCGUUGUCGGAUGCGGUGGAGACUCUGGCGAACUCGGGGUACAUGGCCAUGUCAUUGACCCUGGAAGAGAUCAAGCUCCCGUCGAGCCCUCUGACCAUAUUCUCCCCUCCCGACGCCUCCUUCAGCUCCGGCGGUCAGCCCUCUCUCGCUCAUCUCCUCCUCCACUUCUCCCCCGUGUCCCUCUCCCCCGCCGCUCUCCUCUCCUUCCCCUUCUCCACCCCCAUCCCCUCCCUCUCCCCCUCCAAACACCUCAUCGUCACCUCCAUCCAAUCCCACAAGAUCUCCAUCCACAACGUCGGCGUCUCCGGCGUCCCGCUCCUCGACGACGGCUUCGUCCUGGUCUACGCCGUCGACGAUUUCUUCGAUCUCAACUUCACCCUCCCCUUCUCCAUCCCCGCGCCCAAACCCGAAUUCUUGCGCUGCACCAAGCUGGAGACGCUCUCCCGCUUCCGCGAUGCUGCCGGAGUUCUCAAGACGAGGGGGCACUCCAUCAUGGCCUCCUUUCUUGAGCUGCAGCUUCUCGGGUUCCUCGACGACCGCGGCGGCGAUGACUGGACUGUGUUCGCGCCGGCCGAUCAAGAACUGGUGGAGUUUUCUGGGGAUUUUCUUGAGUACUCCUCCCUGCUGACGAGGCACGUGGCGCCCUGCAAAAUGGGGUGGCUUGAUCUUGAAGGAUCCGACGGCAGCACGGCGCCAAUCUUGAAUGUCAAGGGGUUUGCUUUGAAUAUCAGCAAGGAUAGAGACGAUCAGAUGUUGAUGGUCAAUGGGGUUGAGAUUGCGUUUCCAGACAUGUAUGAGAGUGAGAGGCUGGUCAUUCAUGGGAUCAAAGGGGUCAUUGCGCUGCCGGAGCUCGACGCCGACCAAGAGUUGCUGGAGGAGUUUCCGGCGCAACAAAGCUGACCUACCAAAGAUGCCAACUUUUUCACUUUUUUUUACUCAUUCUCUUGUUUCUUGUAUAAACACAGACUGCCAUUGUUGAGGUUUUGAUAUUUGCAUUUGUUGUUCUGUAUUAGUAUUCUUUAGGUCAAAUGCAAUACAAUGCAUCUACUCAUUUUCAGAGCA